AUGGCGAACCUAUACUUUGCGCACUCGAGUGCGCCCCUCAAGACGAUUGAAGAAAUUCAGUUCAGCAUGAUGUCACCGGAGGAAAUAAAAAACCUGAGUGUGGCUCAUAUUGUCUACCCUGAAGCAAUGGACGAGACGAAGACCAAGCCGCGUGAUGGCGGUGUGAACGAUCCACUGCUCGGGUCCGUCGACCGCCAGUUUAAGUGCAAAACUUGCACGGAGAACAUGUCGGAAUGCCCGGGUCAUUUCGGCCAUAUUGAGCUAGCUAAACCUGUGUACCAUCCUGGCUUCAUCAAGAAGACCAAGAAGGUGCUUGAGAUUGUUUGUCACAACUGCAGCAUGGUGCUUGCCGACAGGAGUGAUCCAGAAUUUGUUGCAGCCGUCAACACAAGAGAUCCCAAGGCCCGGUUCCAGCGCGUCUGGGAGUGCUGCAAGAAGAAGAGGCGAUGCGAGAACGAGGCAAAGGCCGAAGAGGAGGAGUUCGACCCCAACCCGAGCAAGAUCGCGAAGCAGCAGCCACACAACCAUGGAGGAUGUGGCAACAUGCAACCGGCGGUGCGCCAGACAGGCCUACAGUUGUGGUCACACUUCGAGGUCGAGCGCGAUGAGGGUGGCAAGACGAAAGAAAAGAAGCUUCUUACUGCUGAGGUGGCACUGAACAUUCUCCGUCGGAUCAGCACUGCUGAUAUCCGUGACAUGGGUCUGAAUGUUGACUACGCUCGCCCGGAGUGGAUGGUUCUGACCGUUCUUCCCGUUCCCCCACCGCCCGUUCGGCCCAGCAUCUCCAUGGAUGGUACUGGAACCGGUAUGCGAAAUGAAGACGAUUUGACCUUCAAGCUGGGUGAUAUUAUUCGCGCCAACAACAACGUCCGGCAAGCUAUCAACGAGGGUUCGCCUGCUCACAUCUCAUCUGAUUUCGAGCAAUUGUUGCAGUACCACGUUGCGACAUACAUGGACAAUGACAUUGCCGCUAUUCCUCGUGCUCUUCAAAAGAGCGGACGUCCUGUCAAGUCUAUCCGUGCCAGACUCAAGGGCAAGGAGGGUCGUCUGCGUGGUAAUCUGAUGGGUAAGCGUGUCGAUUUUUCAGCACGUACCGUCAUCACAGGUGACGCCAACAUCUCGCUUGAUGAAGUUGGUGUUCCUCGCUCCAUCGCCCGCACACUCACAUACCCUGAGACGGUGACGCCCUACAACAUCGGUCGUCUACACCAGCUCGUGCAAAACGGUCCCAACGAGCACCCGGGAGCCAAAUAUGUCAUAAGAUCUGAUGGUACCCGCAUCGAUCUUCGGCAUCAUCGUCGGGCUGGGCAAAUCUCGCUCGAGUACGGCUGGAAGGUGGAGAGACAUCUGAUUGACGGUGAUUUCAUCAUCUUCAAUCGUCAGCCAUCUUUGCACAAGGAGUCUAUGAUGGGCCAUCGUGUUCGUGUCAUGCCAUACUCCACAUUCCGACUCAACCUCUCCGUGACGUCGCCAUACAACGCUGAUUUCGACGGUGAUGAAAUGAACCUGCACGUGCCUCAAACUGAGGAGACUCGAGCUGAAGUCAAGGAGCUUUGCAUGGUGCCACUCAACAUCGUGUCUCCACAGCGAAACGGCCCACUCAUGGGUAUUGUCCAGGAUACACUCGCAGGUGCCUACAAGCUCUGCCGGCGUGACGUUUUCCUGUCAAAGGAGCAAGUGAUGAAUAUCAUGCUUUGGGUACCGGAAUGGAACGGUGUCAUCCCUAGGCCGGCCAUUCUCAAGCCUCGGCCUCGUUGGACUGGAAAGCAGAUUAUGAGUCUGGUUAUCCCGAAGACGAUAAACUUGCGCAUGGGGAAUGACGACACGGCACUUAAAGACGACGGCCUGCUCAUUCAGACCGGUGAGCUGAUGUAUGGCUUGCCGACAAAGAAAAGCGUUGGAGCCUCUGGUGGCGGUAUCAUCCACAUUUGCUUCAACGAGCUCGGAUCUGAUGGUGCGAUGGCUUUCUUGAACGGCUGCCAACGCGUCGUGAACUACUGGCUGCUCCACAACGGCCACAGCAUUGGUAUCGGCGACACAAUUCCCGACAAAGCCACGAUCGAAAAGGUGCAGGAGCAGAUUGAUACCCAGAAGGAGGAGGUGCGCCGACUCACGGCAAUGGCUACAGCGAAUGAGCUGGAGGCCUUGCCUGGUAUGAACAUUCGGGAGACCUUUGAAAAUAAGGUGUCGAAAGCACUGAACACCGCUCGCGACAAGGCUGGUACUACGACUCAAGAAAGUUUGAAGGACAUCAACAACGCCGUCACCAUGGCGCGGUCGGGCUCUAAGGGCUCCUCUAUCAACAUCUCGCAGAUGACUGCGUUGGUCGGUCAGCAGAUCGUUGAGGGCAGACGUAUUCCCUUUGGAUUUAAGUACCGGACUCUACCACAUUUCACAAAGGACGAUUACUCGCCUGAGGCUCGUGGCUUCGUGGAGAACUCCUACCUGCGUGGUCUCACGCCGACCGAGUUCUUUUUCCACGCUAUGGCCGGUCGUGAGGGUCUUAUCGAUACUGCGGUGAAGACUGCGGAGACGGGAUACAUUCAGCGGCGGCUGGUGAAGGCACUUGAGGACGUCAGUGCCAAGUAUGACGGAACUGUGCGAAACUCUCUGGGCGACGUCAUUCAAUUCGUCUACGGCGAAGAUGGUCUUGAUGGUGUCCAUAUCGAAGAACAGCGCAUGGACCAUCUCAACAUGUCCAUCAAAUCGUUUGAGAAGAAGUUCCGUCUGGACGUGAUGAGCGAGAUGCGGCCUGCGGCGCUUGAUGCACUGGAGUACGCAAACGAGAUCGCUGGCGACGCGGAAGUACAAGAGCUGCUCGACAGCGAGUACGAAACAUUAUUGGGCGACCGUGAGCGGGUUCGCGACAUCAACAAGAGACGCCUGAGCAGCAUUCUGGGCAAGAAGGAUGAGGAGAUGAUGCAAUUGCCGCUGAACGUGGUGCGCAUCGUCAACACGGCUCAGAAAAUGUUCAAGCUGGAUGAUGCCCAGCGAAGCGACCUGCGCCCUCAAGAUGUUAUUCCGGUGAUCCAGAAGAUGUUGAAUCAGAUGGUGGCCGUCCGCGGCAAAGAUGCCAUCUCGGUGGAGGCGAAUGAUAGUGCGACGAUUCUGUUCAAAGCGCAGCUCCGGUCACGGCUAGCCUUCAAGCGCCUCGCAGUUGAAAUGCGCCUGACGCGCCUGGCCUUUGAUCAUAUUGUGGGCGAGCUCAGCAGCCGUUGGGCACGGGCGAUGGUGAAUCCGGGAGAGAUGGUGGGUGUUUUGGCAGCCCAGUCGAUUGGCGAGCCGGCCACGCAGAUGACGUUGAACACGUUCCAUUUCGCCGGUGUGUCGUCGAAGAACGUGACGCUGGGUGUGCCUCGGCUCAAGGAGAUUUUGAACGUGGCUAGCAACAUCAAGACCCCGUCCAUGGCUGUCUACUUGGACGAUGCGGACGAGCGACCACCAACGCAAGACAGAGCCAAGGAGCUACGAAGCAUUGUGGAACAUACCAAUCUGCGGUCUGUGACAGCGGUGACGGAGAUUUACUAUGACCCGGACCUGCGGUGGACCAACAUUGUGGAAGACGAGAACAUUCUGGAGUCCUACUUCCUGAUUCCGGAGGACGUGGCCACCAACCUGGAUCAACAGUCCCGGUGGAUGCUGCGUAUCACGCUGGAUCGGCAGAAGCUGCUCGACAAGGGCCUGACCAUUGAAGACGUGGCCAACCGCAUCAAGGAGGAGUACCCGACGGACUUGGGUGUCAUCUUCAGCGAUAACAACGCUGACAGCCAGGUGAUUCGGGUCCGGACCGUGCGGCAGGACGACGAGAAAGACGAGGACGGCGCACUGGAAGACGACGUGAUGCUGAAGCGACUCGAGACACAUUUGCUCGACACGCUAACGCUACGCGGAGUGCCGGGCAUUGAGCGGGCCUUCCUGAACAAGGACACGGUGCUGAUCAAGACCAAGGACGACGCGCUGUUGGCUGCCAAGGAUGACCCUGCCUGCACGGCAUGGUACCUCGACACAGAGGGUUCUGCUCUUCGUGCCGUCCUAGCGGUCGAUGGCGUGGACCCGAAACGCACGUACACAAACGACCUGCAUCAGGUUGUGGACGUGUUCGGUAUCGAGGCUGCGCGGUCGACGCUGUUGCGUGAGCUGACUGCGGUCCUGUCGUUUGACGGUUCGUAUGUCAACCACCGCCAUCUUGCUCUGCUGGUGGACGUGAUGACGUAUCGCGGUAGUAUCGCGGCGGUCACGCGCCACGGCAUCAACCGUGCUGACACGGGUGCCCUGAUGCGCUGUUCCUUUGAGGAGACGGUAGAGAUUUUGCUGGAGGCAGCAGCUGUGGGCGAGCUUGACGAUUGCCGCGGUAUUUCGGAGAACGUGAUGCUGGGCCAGCUAGCGCCCAUGGGCACGGGUCACUUUGAGGUACUGCUGGAUCCGAAGCUGCUCGAGACAGUGAUCAUGGACAAUUCCCGCAUGGGUCUCAUGCCGGGUCUCACGGUCAAGGGCAGUCAGCUGGAGGGUGCAGCGACGCCUUACGACACCGGGUCACCGCUAGCCGACUCGGGCUAUCUCAGCAUCAGCUCGCCAGCUAUGGGCAACUUCUCGCCCAUCAUGGGUGCCGGCUCCGAGACGCCUGCAGGUCUCAACACGGAGUACGGUGGCAGCGGCUUUGGCAGCAUGGGCUAUGCAACCAGCCCUCGGCCGACGAGUCCGUUCACCACGUCGCCGACGUCGCCGUUCAACAGUGGCUAUGGAAGCUACUCACCGACGUCGCCUUCGGCCGGGUACUCGCCGACGUCGCCCAUCAUGGAUAUGGGUGGCCGUUUUUCGUCGUCGCCGCAGUUCAGCCCGUCGUCGCCUUCGUUCUCGCCGACGUCGCCGAUGAUGCGGCCAACCAGCCCCAACUACAGUCCCACGUCGCCCAGCUACUCGCCGGCUUCUCCAUCGGCAGCGCGUCACUAUUCGCCUACUUCUCCGGCGCAAUUUACCUCGCCAACCUCGCCGUCGUACUCUCCAGCAAGCCCCAACUACAGCCCGGCAUCGCCCAAUCUCCAUGCCACGUCUCCGUCCUACUCGCCGGCCUCUCCUACUUGGUCACCCACGUCGCCUGAAGCCUACUCUCCAACGAGUCCGACGUUCCAACGGUCUCCUGGACAGGCUGCAUCGCCUACUAGCCCGAGCUACUCGCCAACGUCGCCAACGUUCUCUCCUCGGACCCCAGGACGCGGCCCGCCAGGGCCGGCUUCGUAG